GAACCACACCACCCGUCCCGGACCCUCACUGGUAGUGGUGUUUUCGACCAGCUUUUAUCCUCGCCCUUGCAUUCCAAAAUUCAUGGACGCCGAGCCCACUGUUCCUAGAUGGAGACCCAGCCCGAGUCCGGCGAGGUCGGCUCCGCCGGAGCAGAGCAGUCCUAGUCCGAUCCCGUUUAGCCAGAGCGCGCGGCAGGAAUCGAUGUAUGCUUCUGAUUCCGAUGACGAAGUGGUGGCGUUCGGGAGCGGCAGGAAGAUGGGGGGCGCUGAGAUGGUGAGUUUGAUGAUUGAAGGAGGCGAAGGAGCUGGCGGCGGAAGGAAGGUGGAGGGUGGUGCUAUGGUGAGGAAAGUCGGCGGUGGCUCUGGGGUGUUCCUGACCUGGAAGGACUUAUGGGUCACCGCCACCGACGGGAAAGGUGGGACGAGGGCCAUAUUGCAGAGGCUAACUGGGUUCGCCGAGCCCGGCGAAGUCCUCGCCAUCAUGGGCCCUUCCGGCUCCGGCAAGUCCACCCUUCUCGACGCAUUAGCAGGCAGGUUGGGCUCCAAUACGAGGCAAACCGGAGAGAUUCUCGUGAAUGGGAGAAAGCAAGCUCUCGGAUAUGGAACUUCGGCCUACGUGACUCAAGAUGAUACGCUCAUGAGCACGCUCACAGUCAAAGAGGCGGUCUACUACUCCGCUCAGCUCCAGCUGCCCAGCACCAUGUCUAAGGCAGAGAAGAAGGAGAGAGCAGAGACCACCAUCAGGGAGAUGGGCCUGCAGGACGCCAUUAACACGAGGAUUGGAGGUUGGGGAGUCAAGGGACUCAGUGGGGGGCAGAAGAGAAGGGUCAGCAUCUGCAUCGAGAUCUUGACCAGGCCCAAGCUCCUCUUCCUGGACGAGCCCACAAGUGGGCUUGACAGUGCUGCAGCUUACCACGUGAUGAACAGGAUCGUCGGCCUAGCCAAGCAUGACGGAAGGACUGUCAUAGCUUCCAUCCAUCAGCCGAGCAGUGAAGUCUUUGAGCUCUUCAACAAUCUCUGCCUACUCUCAGCAGGCAAAACCGUCUACUUUGGCCAAGCUUCAGGCGCUAGUGAGUUCUUCGCAGUAAAUGGUUUCCCUUGUCCAACCUUGAGGAAUCCUUCUGAUCACUAUCUCAGAACCAUCAACUCUGAUUUUGAUAAGGAUAUUGAGCAGGGGAUGGACGCAAAAGCAACUACAGUAGCAGAGGCAAUCAAUACUCUCGUCUCCUCCUACAGUUCAUCACACAUAGCACAGCAAGUGUCGAGAAGAGUGGAAGAGAUCAACAAUAUGGACGGCGCAGCGUUACAGAAGAAAGGAAGCCAAGCAAGUUUCUUCACGCAGUCUCUGGUUCUUACACAGAGGUCCUUCGUGAACAUGUACAGAGACCUUGGUUAUUACUGGCUACGCCUGGCCAUAUAUGUUGCGCUAUGCUUGUGUGUGGGCACCAUCUUCUAUAACGUUGGCCACUCAUUUGGAUCCAUUCAGGCCAGAGGAUCAAUGUUAAUGUUUGUAGCUGCAUUCUUGACAUUCAUGGCCAUUGGCGGAUUCCCUUCCUUUGUUGAGGACAUGAAGAUUUUCGGACGCGAGAGGCUGAACGGCCACUAUGGUGUUACGGCAUUCGUGAUCGGGAACACGUUCUCCUCCAUUCCUUACCUCCUCUUGAUCUCUGUUGUGCCGGGAGCCAUAGCCUACUACUUGGUCCAUCUCCAGAGCAGCGCCGAACACUUCUUCUACUUUGCACUGGUGCUGUUCGUGUGCAUGAUGCUGGUGGAGAGCCUGAUGAUGAUUGUGGCCAGCAUCGUGCCCGACUUUCUGAUGGGCAUCAUCACUGGUGCAGGGAUUCAAGGGGUGAUGAUGCUCAAUGGAGGGUUCUUCAGGCUGCCGAAUGACCUUCCCAAGCCGUUCUGGAGGUACCCAAUGUACUACAUCUCCUUCCACAAGUAUGCCAACCAGGGAUUCUACAAGAACGAGUUUGAAGGGCUCACCUUCCCCAACAACCUAGUAGGGGGACCUCGCACCAUUACCGGUGAGCAGAUUCUCAGGGAUACAUGGCAAGUUGAGAUGGGGUACUCCAAGUGGGUGGACCUUGCCGUUCUCUUUGGAAUGGUCGUCCUCUACAGGGUCAUGUUCCUGUCCAUAAUAAAGCUUACAGAGAAGAUGAAGCCAGUGAUCAGAGGAUUCUUCUCUCGCCCCUCUGUACAAUCAACUGAAGACAUGAAAACAGUGCAUCCGAACUCAACUCCUUGAGUUGCAGAGCUUAAUUGUUUCUGGUCGCCUUAAUAAUUAUAAAAUUUGUCUUUUGUCCAUAAAUGGAACCGGUAAACCUUUCCGGUGACGUAGCGUGUGUACAAAGUAAUAGGAUCAAGCAAUGGUCAGUUGCUUGCAUUUUGUGUAUAUCUUUUUCGCAUCCUUCUAAUAAUGAAAUGAAAACCCUCUGCUCCAGGACCGGCCAUUUGCUGAUAAAUCUCUUGGAGCAUAAUUUGA